UUAAGCAGAGGGUAAGAUUUUAAAUUGUGCAGGUCAUGAUUUUCUAAUUUGAUCAACUCACUGAAGAUUGGUAAUGGUGUCUUCUAUGAGAAAGGACCGGGAGGUCGGGCAUCUGCUGUUGUUGCUUCUGCUCCUGGCUUUCUGGGAGGCAGGGAGCGGCCAGGUCCACUACUCGGUCCCGGAGGAGGCCAAACACGGCACCUUCGUGGGCCGCAUCGCCCAGGACCUGGGGCUGGAGCUGGCGGAGCUGGUGCCGCGCCGGUUCCGGGUGGCGUCCAAAGAGCGCGGGGACCUUCUGGAGGUGAAUCUGCAGAAUGGCAUUUUGUUUGUGAAUUCUCGGAUCGACCGGGAGGAGCUGUGCGGGCGGAGCUUGGAGUGCAGCGUGCACCUGGAGGUGAUCGUGGACAGGCCGCUGCAGGUUUUCCAUGUGGAGGUGGAGGUGAGGGACAUCAAUGACAAUACGCCAAUAUUUCCGAUGACAAUAAAGACUAUUUGGUUUCACGAAUCUAGAUUGCUUGAUUCGCGGUUUCCUCUAGAGGGAGCGUCGGAUGCAGAUAUUGGAGCAAAUGCUCUUCUCUCCUACAAGCUCAGCUCCAGUGAGUUUUUCUUUUUAGAUGUACAGACAAGUGAUGAACUGAGUCAGUCUUUGUCUCUUGUGCUGAAGAAAUCUCUGGAUAGAGAGGACACUGACCAGGUCGAUUUGUUACUUGUGGCUACUGAUGGGGGCAAACCCGAGCUCACAGGCUCUGUUCAAUUGCUUAUUAAGGUAUUGGAUGUGAAUGACAAUGAACCUGUUUUUGACCAACCAGUUUACAAAGUACAGUUGGUGGAGAACUCUGCAAAUGAAACGUUAGUGAUAAAAUUAAAUGCUUCUGAUGCAGAUGAAGGAUCAAACAGUGAAAUUUUGUAUUCAUUUGGCAGUGAUGUGCUCUCUACUAUACAGACCAAGUUUAAAAUAGACCGUAACUCAGGGGAAAUCAGAACGAAGGGGCAAUUAGAUUAUGAAGAAAUGAAAAGUUAUGAGAUUCAAGUCACUGCAUCUGACAACGGAAGUCCAUCAAUGUCAGGGCACUGUAAAAUUUCGGUAAAACUUCUUGACGUUAAUGAUAACAGACCAAAAGUCUUAAUAACAUCUCUUUCACUUCCGAUCCAAGAGGACGCUCCGCUGGGCACCGUGAUCGCCCUGAUCAGCGUGUCCGACCGAGACUCAGGAGCCAACGGACAGGUGACCUGCUCCCUGUCGCCGCACGCGCCCUUCAAGCUGGUGUCCACCUUCAAGAAUUACUACUCGCUGGUGCUGGACGGCGCCCUGGACCGCGAGAGCGUGGAGCGCUACGCCGUGGUGGUGACGGCGCGCGACGGCGGGGCGCCCGCGCUGUCGGCCACGGCGAGCGUGCGCGUGGAGGUGGCGGACGUGAACGACAACGCGCCGGCCUUCGCGCAGGCCGAGCACACGGUGUUCGUGAGGGAGAACAACGCGCCCGGCUGCCACAUCUUCACGGUGUCAGCGCGCGACGCGGACGCGGGGGAGAACGCGCGCGUGUCGUACUCGCUGGUGGAGCGGCGCGUGGGCGAGCGCGCGCUGUCGAGCUACGUGUCGGUGCACGCGGAGAGCGGGCGCGUGCACGCGCUGCAGCCGCUGGACCGCGAGGAGCUGGAGCUGCUGACGGUGCAGGUGAGCGCGCGCGACGGGGGCGCGCCGCCGCUGGGCAGCAACGUGACGCUGCAGGUGUUCGUGCUGGACGAGAACGACAACGCGCCCGCGCUGCUGGCGGCCGGCGGCGGCCUCGGCGGCGGCGGCGGCGGCCCGGGCGCGCUCAGCCCCAGCUCGCUGGUGGCGCGCGGCCUGGGCGCCGGCCAGGUGGUGGCCAAGGUGCGCGCGGUGGACGCCGACUCGGGCUACAACGCCUGGCUGUCGUACGAGCUGGCGCCCGAGGCGGGCGCGGCGCGCAGCCCGUUCCGCGUGGGGCUCUACACGGGCGAGGUGAGCACGGCGCGCGCCCUGGACGAGGCGGACGCGGCGCGCCAGCGCCUGCUGGUGCUGGUCAGGGACCACGGCGAGCCGGCGCUCACGGCCACCGCCACGCUGCUGCUGUCGCUGGUGGACGGCGGCCAGGCGCCCAAGGCGUCGUCGCGGGCCGCGGCGGAGGGCGCGGCGGGCGCGCGGGCGGCGCUGGUGGACGUGAACGUCUACCUGAUCGUGGCCAUCUGCGCCGUGUCCAGCCUGCUGGUGCUCACGCUGCUGCUGUACGCGGCGCUGCGCUGCUCGGCGCCGCCCAGCCAGGGCGCGUGCGCGGCGGGCAAGCCGGUGCUGGUGUGCUCCAGCGCGGUGGGCAGCUGGUCCUACUCGCAGCAGAGGAGGCAGAGGGUGUGCUCGGGGGAGGGGCCGCCCAAGGCCGACCUCAUGGCCUUCAGCCCCAGUCUACCUCCAGGUCCCAGCUCUGCAGAUUCCGUGAGUCUCACAAAUCUUAUUCACACUAUCUUAUUCUUGCCUUUAACAAUUUAUAAAUGUCUCUAUUUUCUCUUUAUUUUAAAUUACGUCUUUUUACUUAAUUGUUGUUGUAUCUCUUUAGAUAUACUUUUUUUAUUGCUACUAACUAGUUCAUUUACAUAAAAUUCCAGCUAUGCUUAGAAUUCGCUUAACUUUUUAAUACUCCAUUUACAAUAGUGUUUACUUCGUAACACACAUUCCAUUUAUAGGGCUUACCAUAUUGGAGAUAGUAUGUAAGUUUUCUUUGCAUGAUAGUCUUCGUAAGAUUUAUUAUAGUAAGCAUAGCCUUCUAUAUUUGGAAGUAUUGUGAAAGAUAAUUGCAAAACGUACAUCGCAGUUAUUUAUUUUCAAAGUUUCAUAGUAUCGUUAUAUAGAACUGUUUUAUCAUUAAUUUGUGCUAUGUUCUUGCAAAUUAAUUAUUUUGAUGUUUUCAUUAGGCCAAUCUAAUUUUAUUUUAAAGAAUUGUCUAUUACUUUAUUUUGUAUAAGUGAAGGGGACGAGCUUGGACCACUGCUUGACUCUGGGCUGUGUGUACUGGGAACUGAAAAUAGGUCUAUGUCUCCUGUCAUGAAAGUCUUAAGUUCUGACACUGAGAUAUGUCACUGGCCCGUCUAGUUAUUUUUUCUGUAAUAGCUGUGCAAUGACUUUUUCUUUAAAUUGAGCUCCAUAGUUGGCCUUGGUAUAAUUGUGAUAAACCUGAUAUUGCUGGUUAGCUAAUAAUGCUAAUUUUAGGGUCUUCAUUCACUUCUGAAAUAAAAAAAUUGGAUUGUAAAUUGUUAUCAAUAUCAAGACACUUAAUUUGUCAGCUUGAAUGUUUAUUGGUUAUCCAAAU